AUGGUGGUGAUUGGUGGUGGGCAAGUAGAAUGCCCUGUGCUGCUGGAAUGGCUUAAGCUGGAAUCAGUGGUUUCAAGGGCCGCGUCGAAGGGGGUCAUCUCUUUGCUUCGUGGUAAUUCUAUCGAUAGAACCACUGUUUGUGACAACUAUGAGCUACUGAAACCAUUGGUGGCCAACCUUGGCAUGCGCCCAAGCGUGAAAGUCCUUGAGGAUUUGGUGGCGAGGUUCCUUUUUCACUGCAGGCCCAGAGGUAAGCCACUUCCCAAUAGUGAGGAGAUCAAAACGGAAUCCUGGGUGCUUAGAAAUAUGAUUUCCGUCCUUGCUAGUGCUGCCCGUCGCCCACAUGUUCCCCGCACCUCAGAGUUCAAGGAGCUGUUUGAGGUGAUCGGGAUACGCCUUCCAUCUAGCGAUUCCUUGGAACCAGGAGUUCUAGCUGCAUAUUGA